GUGGUGCAUGUAAGUGAAAUAAGUCGUAAUAAUCACCGACAAAACGCGUUAAUACUUAUUAUAGAUCUUUAUAAAACGAGUCAAAAUGUCUUCCUUCUUCUUCAAGCAAUCACUUGUGAACUCAAAGCUUUCUGUUUUCGACCUCUCUUUGUUUCAUCACGAGAAAUAAAUACUUACCUAAAAUAAAAUUAUCUAUGGAUAUGAAAGGAAAAUAUUUGGUAACGGUUAUUCUCUUGGUUGGUACGUUAAGUGUGGGGAUGUGUUCUAACGGUUGGAUAAGAGCUCAUGCAACGUAUUAUGGUGUUAAUGAUAGCCCUGCUUCACUUGGAGGAGCUUGUGGGUAUGACAAUCCGUACCACGCCGGAUUCGGAGCCCACACGGCGGCGCUAAGCGGUGCGUUAUUCAGAAGCGGCGAGUCUUGCGGUGGGUGCUACCAGGUGAGGUGCGACUUUCCUGCGGAUCCUAAGUGGUGUCUCCGAGGAGCCACCGUGAGGGUGACGGCUACAAACUUUUGUCCGUCGAACAACAAUAAUGGUUGGUGCAAUCUCCCUCGCCAUCACUUUGACAUGUCCUCCCCAGCUUUCUUCCGAAUCGCCCGUCGCGGCAAUGAAGGCAUCGUCCCUGUCUUCUAUCGCCGGGUGGGAUGCAAAAGAAGAGGAGGCGUGAGGUUCACGAUGAGAGGGCAAGGUAACUUCAAUAUGGUAAUGAUCUCAAACGUUGGCGGUGGCGGCUCGGUGAGAGCGGUAGCGGUAAGAGGCUCAAAGGGAAAGACUUGGCUUCAGAUGACCCGUAAUUGGGGUGCCAACUGGCAGAGCUCCGGCGAUCUCCGGGGACAGAGACUCUCCUUCAAAGUUACUCUGACUGACAGCAAAACGCAGACGUUUUUGAACGUUGUUCCUUCUUCUUGGUGGUUUGGCCAAACCUUCUCUUCUCGAGGACGCCAGUUCGUUUAACUACAAAACUAAGUCGUGCUCUGGUCAAAACGCAACGUUUCUUUUUUUUUACGAAUGGGGCUGAUUUCAAUUCUUUGCUUGUUUAUGAACUUGCCCUUGUUUUAAUUGGGCAAUGUUCCUUCGUUUUUCUUUUAUUGCUAAAUAAUUUUAUGCUUAAUAUUAUUUAACGAACUGGUUUCUCAUUUAUCUAUGAACUCGACAAGUUAAAGAGUUUUGCAGAAUCUAUAUUAAUUAAUGGAAAUAACAUUUUCACAAG